AUGGUUGCUCUUUUCCGCGAAUUUUUACAAGCAGAUAUCUGGGCAGAUCUGGUUUCGAUCCUUUUUGCGGGUGGUGAAGAAGAAAUCUUCCGGGUGGUGAAAGGCCCGAAAAAUAUUCUUCACGCAGCAUUCACACAGCUCAACUUUACCGGCAUCAAGAAGGAGGUCGCGCCCGCCGAUUCGACCCCGGUGCUCGAUGAGCAGUACCUCGCGGAGUCCGAGGAGUCGGCUCGAGCUCGACGUGCUCGCGUGGUGGAAAAGGCCAAGGAGACAAAGUGGCCGGCGCUUGCCAAGAUGGUCAAGCAGUACUUCGCCGCACCGGCCUCCUCCGCGGGCGUCGAGCGCGUCUUCUCGGCCGCGGGCAAGAUGCACGGCGACCUCCAGAAGUCGGCCAAGGACACCACGCUCGAGCACUCACUCUUCGCGGCGUUCAACACCGAGUAG